AUGGGCGUGACAAGAUGUGUCACGCUGGAAAAAGCAAAACUUCUCCCCGGCCGGGAAUUGAACCCGGGUCUCGCAUGUGACAGACGCGGAUACUCACCACUAUACUACCGAGGACACAAGACUGGUGCCACUGAAGCUACUUCAAUCUUUAACGACUCCAUUUCACUUGCCCUUCCCUAUUUUAUGGUUCUACUAACGUGUUAUAUUGUGAAAAAGCAAAAACUUCUCCCCGGCCGGGAAUUGAACCCGGGUCUCGCAUGUGACAGACGCGGAUACUCACCACUAUACUACCGAGGAUCCGUUCACUGA